GCAUGAAAGAAGUCGUAUUGGAGAGAAACCCUAUGAAAAUACUCAGUGUGGUAAAGCGUUUGCAUGUCACAGUUAUCCUAAAAGGAAUGAAAGAAUUCAUCCUGGAGUGAAACCCUAUGAAGUUAUUCAAUAUGGUGAAGCCUUUAUUCAUCACAGUAGUCUCCAAACGUGUAAAAUAAUAUAUACAGGAGAGAAAAGCUACAAAUGCAAUCAAUGUGGCAAAGCCUAUUUACGACCCAGUGUUUUACAAAGACAUAAAAGAACACAUACUGGAGAGAAACCGUAUGAAUGUAAUCAAUGUGGUAAAGCUUUUACACGACACUAUCAUCUCAAAAUGCAUAUGAUUGUACAUACUGGAGAGAAACCUUACAAAUGUGAUCAAUGUGGUAAAGCCUUUGCAUUCCGUUGUAACCUCCAAGUACAUAAAAGAACACAUACUGGAGAGAAACCCUAUGAAUGUAAUCAAUGUGGUAAAGCCUUUGCACAUCGUCCUCAUCUCCAAGAACAUAGAAGAAGAAUACAUACUGGAGAGAAACCUUACAAAUGUGAUCAAUGUGGUAAAUCCUUUGCAUAUGAAAGUUAUUUAAAAGUACAUAAAACAAUACAUACUGGAGAGAAACCUUACAAAUGUAAUGAAUGUGGUAAAGCCUUUGUACGACACAGGCGUCUCAAAGUGCAUAAAAUAACACAUACAGGAGAGAAACCUUACAAAUGUGAUCAAUGUGGUAAAGCCUUCGCAUAUCAAGGUAAUGUCCAAGUACAUAAAAGAAUACAUACUGGAGAGAAACCUUACAAAUGUGAUCAAUGUGGUAAAGCUUUUGGAUGUAACGCCAGUCUCCGUACACAUAAAGCAACACAUACUGGAGUGAAACCUUAUGAAUGUAAGCAAUGUAGUAAAUCCUUUGUCUCCCAUGGUCAACUUCAAAAACAUGAAAGAAUUCAUACUGGAGAGAAACCUUACAAGUGUGACCAAUGUGGUAAAGCCUUUGCAUCUCAAAGUCAUUUCCAAGAACAUAAAAAAACACAUACUGGAGAGAAACCUUACAAGUGUGAUCAAUGUAGUAAAGCCUUUGCAAAUAAAAAUAAUUUCCAAGUACAUAAAAAAAUACAUACUGGAGAGAAACCUUACAAAUGUAAUCAGUGUGGUAAAGCCUUUGCCUAUCAUAGAACUUUCCAAGUACAUAAAAGAACACAUAGUGGAGAGAAGCCCUAUGAGUGUAAUCAAUGUGGCAAAUCCUUUGCAUAUCAAAAUUAUUUCCAAGUACAUAAAAGAAUACAUACUGGAGAGAAACCCUAUGAAUGUAAGCANUGUAGUAAAUCCUUUNUUUCUCAUGCUNCACUUCGAAAACAUGAAAGAAUUCAUACUGGAGAGAAAACUUAAAAAUAUAGNCAAUGUGGUAAAGCCUAUUUANAAUUAAGUCAUCUCCAACUACAUAAAAGAACACAUACCAAAAGUAACCCUAUGAAUAUAAACAAUGUAAUCUUAAAAGGUGUGGUGGUUUAAAUGUUCUUGGCCCAUGGCAAGUGACAGUAUUAGGGAGUAUGGCCUUUCUGGAGUAGAUAUGGCAUUCGAGAAAGUCUGUCACUGUGGGCUUGGACUCUGAGAUCCUAUGCUGAAGCUCCACCCAGGGCAGAAGAGUCUUCUGGCUGCCUUCUGAUCAAGAUGUCGAAUUCUUGUCUCCUCCAGCACCAUGUCUGCUUAGACACUGGCAUUUUUUUCCCACCUUGAUAAUAACAGACUGAACCUUUGCAUCUAUACACUCCUCUCAAUUAAAUGUUCUUUAUAAGAGUUGCCUUGGUCAUAGUGUCUUUUCACAGCAAUAAAACCCAAAUUAAGACAAACAGCAUAAAAGAUACCACACUGGAGAGAAACUGACAAGCAGAUAGUUCUCUGCAUGUUUGAUAAGAGACAUAACAUGUUUAAAUAGUCUCUUCCAUCUCCUCUUCUCCCCUUCAAUUUUUCCUCAUCUAUAUUCUUCUACAUCUCCUUUUCCUUGCCAUUUCUUUUUUCUUCCCCAUGAGGACAGUGAUGUAUUAAGGUAGAAUCUCACAUGUAUUCCAGAGUAGUCUUGAAUUAAAAAUCCUCCUACCUCUACCUCUUGAAGGGUGAGAUUAUAUUUGUGUAUAUCAUGCCCAUGUUUUUCAAGCAGUAAUCCAUGGAUGAGG